AUGUCUCAUCUUCUCAGGCGGCUCAAGCUAUCUCUCCGAGUAGGCCACCUCACCGCUUCUUCUCGAUACUUCUCUAAUUGCAUCAUCAAAGUAAUACCUUGUGGAACUACUCUGAGAGAUGGUGACGUUGGACAUCUAGCUAUCUACAGCUAUGUUGAUAAAGUGAUCGACUGCACACAAAAGAAGGUGCCUAUGGAGUUAGUAAAGGGGAUCGGAACCAUAGGAGCAUCCCACGGCUGGGUAGCGACUCUGAAAAAUGGGAUCGUGUGUCUUCAAGAUGACUUCGAUCCCUAUGCAUCGAAUACUGACCCAAAACGCAUUCCCCUGCCUCCACUUGUAACUCUGCCUCAUUGCCAAACCCAAAUCGUAACCAACAUAGCAAUGUCCUCUUCUUCCCCAGACGAUGAAGACUGCAUCCUUGCUGUAAAGUUCUUGGGACCUCAGCUAAGCUUGUGCAGGCCUGCUCAGAGAGAUUGCAAGUGGAGCAACAUCAGAAUCUCAGACCCCAGCUUCUUCUCCUCACAUGUAAUGUACUCCAAGAGAAAUGGCAUGUUCUCCAUGCCCGCUGCUGGAGGAAACUACACAGCAUCGUGUGAUCUUGGGAGACACGUGAACGAACCAAAGAUUCAGAUGCUGUCGUACCCGGAAGAACGCGUGUUUGAAGACCUGUAUCUGAGCACGGGAUGGAGCACUACUUGAUGGAGUCAUCAUCAUCACACACAAGUGAGACUUUUCUGGUGAAAUGGUCUAAAGAUAUCAACCCCCUAGACGGGAAAACGGAAUUGGACAAGUUCCUUGUGUUGAGAAUAGACGAGGAAGGGAACGCUGUGUAUACUAAAGACUUUGGAGGUGAGUGCAUUUUCAUCUCUAAGGCUGAAUCUUUUUGUCUCCCGGCAGCUUGUUUACGUGACAAGAGACCGAACUGUAUCUAUCACUUAAGCAACUCGAGCUUUGGAAUAAAUUGCAUGGACGAUAAUGAGAAAGAGAGAGGUGGAGAGUUUACUUUCCCAGUCCCCUUUUGGUUCCCACCAAAGCUAGACUCCAAAGGUAAACGUAUCCUUUCUUCAGGUUUUCAAUAUCAAGGGUAAUGAAAUUAUGCUGUUUCAUUUGAUUUCUUUCUCCUUGGCCUUUGUUGUUUUUUUUUUGAAUUUAGUUGUUGUUUUAAAUAUAUACCUAGCGCUGGUCGCAAAGAAUAUCCCUCCAGAAGUAUUUAUCAUUA